AUGAACACGCACAACCCCCACGGUGGCGGUGGCGCGUACGACCGCGACCGUGAACGAGAAAGAGAAGAGAGACACCGUGCCGUGAUGCAGCAGCAGCACGAACAAGAGAUGGCGGCUCGUCGCGACCAGCACGAACGAGAAGGCCGCGAGUCCGCCGAUCGCUACCAGCAGCAACAGAACACGCCCCAUCACUCGAGCAGUGCCGGAUCCAUUCCGAUUCAUCAACCUGUUGCCUCGCGAGGAGCCAACCUCAUUCACAGUCCGGGCGGGAUCCUCGGCAAUUUCAACGGUGUUGGAAAGGACGGCCCGGCUAGCGGGGCGCCUCAGGGCAGCACAGCUAGCUUUGGGGGACCCCUGCUGCAGCAACAACAGCAGCAGCAGCAGCAGCAAAGAGAACAACAAGCCAGGCAGGCCUUUGCGGAUGCGCAGCAGCAUCCGAUGUUUGCUCCGAUGACCCACGCGCAACAAGGACCCAGCGCUGGCCAAGCUGCUCAGGGCGCCGGGGCGGCGGCUGCCGUUGCGGCUGUCUUCGGCGGCCCGAUACAGCAGGCGGCAGCAGCUCAGCAGCAAGCGGCCAGGCCACAUCAAGAUGGUGGCCGUGGAGGACCUCCAGCUAAUGGCGAUGGCUUCAGAAGUGCUAGACCCGACAGUGCUCAGCAGGCGCCACCACCACCGCCACCACAGCAGCAGCAGCAGCAGCAGCAGGGAGCUGGUGGCAUAACCCAAGGGCAACAACCCAUUCUGAACGACGCUUUGACCUAUUUGGAUCAGGUCAAAGUCCAAUUUCACGACCAGCCCGAUGUCUACAAUCGGUUCCUUGACAUUAUGAAGGAUUUCAAGAGCCAGUCCAUCGACACGCCAGGUGUGAUCAACAGGGUCUCCGAGCUCUUCGCGGGGAAUCCUAGUUUGAUUCAGGGGUUCAACACAUUUCUCCCGCCGGGCUAUAGAAUCGAAUGCGGUGCUGGCCACGACCCGAACACGAUUCGCGUGACAACCCCCAUGGGGACAACGACUCAACAAAUUGCCGGUACAAGGAGCAUCACCGACGUCAACCCUGGCCCUGGGCAACCAAUGUACGCCGACCGUGGUGCAGCAAACAACUGGCAGCGUCCUCAGCGCAGCAUAGAGAGCCCCGAAGCGGCAUUUAGCACGCCUGUCCAAAACGGCAACAAUCUGCUUGCCGUCUCGCAAGGCGGCACCUUUGAUCAAGCAGGAGCACAGCAGCGCAACCUGUCCCAAGCCCCUCCGACAAGCCAACCGGUACCGCGAACCCAGACACCUACUCCGUCUGCCCAGGCUCUCAUCAAUGGCAAUGCACCACCUGGCUCAGCGGCUCAGAAAGGGCCUGUAGAGUUCAAUCACGCUAUAUCGUAUGUGAACAAGAUAAAGAACAGGUUUCAGGACAAGCCGGAAAUCUAUAAGAAUUUCCUCGAGAUUCUGCAAACUUAUCAGCGGGAAUCGAGGCCGAUACAGGACGUUUAUGCACAGGUAACAAACCUCUUUGCAGACGCGCCUGACCUGUUGGAAUCGUUCAAACAGUUUCUGCCCGAGACAAAGGCUGUUGCUGAACGUGCCGAGGAGGGUUCGCGCACGCCACAACCCAAGAUGCCACCGCUCGGCAGCUUCGCGCCGCCCGCGAGCGCCUCCAAGGACAACAAGAAACGGCCGCGCGCCAACGAGAAACAAGCUCAAGCUGCUGGACCAGCCUUCCCUGAAGUUGCUGCCAACCGCGCGGCACCUGCGACCACGGUUAACGGAACCAAGCGUGCUAAGUUCAGUCAUGCACGGACGCAGAUCGAGUCUGGAGUAGAGCCGACUUUGACUCCACUCAUGCCCGAACCGUAUCCACCACGACCGACUUCGACCUCGACGGCAGACGAGAUGGCUUUUUUUGAGCGUGUUAAGAAGUAUUUGGGGAACCGGGCGUCUAUGAACGAGUUUCUCAAAAUGUGCAACCUGUUCAGCCAGAACAUCAUCGACCGAGAAACUCUAUACUACAAGGGACUGACGUUCAUAAGCGCCAACCCCGAGCUUGUGUCUUUCUGGGGCCACUUUGUGAACUACCAGCCCGAGAACGCUGACAUUGCCAAUCGACCUGCACCCCCGACCGACAAGGUUUCGCUGAGCAAUUGCCGGGGCUACGGGCCGAGUUAUCGACUGCUCCCCAAAAGAGAACGCCAGAAGCGUUGCAGCGGCCGGGACGAGCUCUGUCAAUCUGUGCUUAACGAUGAGUGGGCGUCGCAUCCCACAUGGGCGUCCGAGGAUUCUGGGUUCGUUGCGCAUAGAAAGAACCAGUACGAGGAAGGCCUUCACCGUAUCGAGGAAGAACGCCACGACUACGAUUUCUACAUCGAGGCCAACUUGAAGUGCAUUCAGCUCCUGGAGCCCAUUGCGCAGUCGAUGCUGGCCAUGACUGCCGAAGAGCGUGCUGCUUUCCAGAUGCCCGCCGCUCUGGCCGGUCAGAGCACGUCGAUCUUCAAACGUAUUGCCAAGAAGAUCUACGGCGACCGUGGCAUUGAGGUUGUGAACGACUUGUUCAACACGCCAUUCACUGUUGUCCCCAUACUCCUGGCCCGCAUGAAAGUUAAGGACGAGGAAUGGCGUUUCUCUCAGCGGGAAUGGGAGAAAGUCUGGCACACACAAACGGAAAGCAUGCAUCUCAAGAGCCUCGACCACAUGGGUAUUCUUGUCAAGUCCACGGACAAGAAGAACCUCACGACCAAGCACUUGGUCGACGUCAUCAAGACCAAGCAUGAGUCCCAGCGCCGCGAGAGGCUACUCAGAGGCAAGCACGCUCGCCAUCAGUUUAUCUGGGACUUCGCCGACAAAGACUUGAUCAGCGAUCUGCUUCGCUUCUGCAUGCAGUAUACACUUUCAAGUGGAACUUACAGUACACAGGAGAAGGAGCGCAUACUGGAAUUUUACGAGACUUUCCUUCCCGUCUUCUUCGACAUCCCCGAGGAGCUGUUGGGCGAUAGGCUGCCUAGGAUGCCUCUUGACUCUGGCGAGGAGGAUGUUGAAGAUCAAACCCCUGCGGAACUCACCAACGGACGCAGUCGCCGCAAUGGCCGGAAAGCUGACUUGCUCAGGGGAGUUCUCGACCCCGUCAGGAACACCCCCAAGCCAAGGAAUCAAAAGGAGGACAGUGCAGCAUCUGGCAGCAAAGAGACAACACCCGACGUGGGAUCGAAUGAGGAAGAUAUGCCCGAUGCGCCGGACGACGCCGCUUCUGCAGAGGUCACCAACGAGCGGUGGAUGCCUACCGUACCCAAGGCCGUGGUGGUCGGCGAAACUGACAAUGCCAACGGUUUGCUUGGCCCUGACGGAGAACUCAAGGCCGACGGUCUUUUCACUCGGACUUGGUACCAUUUGUUCUGCAACCAAACCAUCUAUGUCUUCAUGAGCAUCUUUCAAACACUGUAUUCCCGCCUACACGAUGUCAAGAACAGCCAGGACACUGUUGCGCAUGAGAUCGAGCGAUUGAAUCGAGAAAAGCCAGCUCGUGACAUUGGCGUGUCCGAGUCACCAGGAACCUUCUUCACGACCAAUGAUCAGCCUGCCGAUUUCUGGCCAAAGACGGCUGCGCUGAUUGACGACUACAUUGCUGGCGAUAUCGACGAAAACGGGUAUCAGGAUGUGAUGCGCCACUACUAUCUUCAGACAGGCUGGAAGCUGUACACAAUCCAGGAUCUUCUCAAGACGCUGACAAGGCUGGCACUCAACUGCAGCCAUCACGACCAGAAGGACAAGACGCAUGAGCUGAUUAAUCGCUACAUCAACAACCGCGAGAAACCCGAAACGAGUUAUCAAACAGAGAUCAGCGAACGCAAGGCUGCGGAGAAGUGUGUUAAGGACGGCGAGCUGUUUGUUAUUCGAUGGAUGCCUGGUCAAUCGAUCGCCACCGUGCGCUGGCUGCAGCGCGACGAGAGCACGUUCCACACGGACGACAUGGCUCUCCAAGAGCGCUGGCAGUACUACAUCUCAUCCUUCAUUCGGGUUGAGCCGACUGAAGGCAUCCCCCGCUCGCAGCUGCAAAAGGUCGUUCUGACGCGCAAUCUGCCUUCAGGCGACACUGAUUCUGACGAUGGGACAAGUCCCAAGCCACUAUCUUUCGAGGAGAACCUUACGGUCAGCAUCUGUCUGAAAAGCUCCAAGAUGCUAUGGGAACCAGGCACCUCCGAGUACUUUGUCUACGACCAGUCGCCCAAGACUAAGGAGCAAUGGGACCGCCGCGAACGGUUUAUCAAGGCUCUUAGCCACCAUCGUGAGACGGAGUUGACGAAGAAAUUUGUUCACAACCCGGUGUGGGCGCGGGAUAUGGGCCCCGAAGGCGUGCAGGAACAGAACAGCAAUUUCCGCAAGUGGCUGGAUGAGGGCGUCGUGCCUGCGGGUGCAAGCGAGACUGACGAGGGGGCGUAA